AUAUUCUUUUGGAGAUUUUUCAGGUCGGAACCAUCAUAUCUCGGAAUGGCCUUUUCUAGAAGUGCAAAAUCCUCUAUUGAGUUUCUCCUCAACCGGGUUAACUAUUCCAUGCAUUGCGGGCAUUGUUAUUGUUCAUCGGCACAUAGAGAGGCUUACGUUGCCGGAGUUAUACAAUCAAGAAGCUUGUUUACUUCUCAAUAUGCUUCUCCUUCUCCACACAAAUCGUUUAUGAGAAGGUUCAGUGGCGUAGUUCCUGCUUCUGAACAGAUGAAUCUUAUCAAAUUAUUGAGGGAAAGAACUAGUGCUCCAAUAAAAGAUGUCAAAUCUUCUCUUGUUGAUUCCAAUUGGGACAUCGAGGCUGCCCAAAAGGACCUGCGGAAAAGGGGCAUAGUUCUUGCAUCGAAAAAGUCUUCCCGAACUGCUACUGAGGGUUUACUUGCUCUAGCCCAGACUGAAAGCAAAGCUGCUGUCAUUGAACUUAAUUGCGAAACGGACUUUGUUGCAAGGAAUGAAAUAUUCCAGUACUUGGCUUUGUCUUUGGCGAGGAUAGCUUUGUCAGUUGACAGUUCUGCUGAACAAGUCUCCACAGCCAUUCCUAUUGGAUCUGAAUACUUGGAGUGGUUGAAGAUAAAUUUAGAUCAUCCAAAACUAAGUGGGGUAGCAACAGUGCAAAGUGCAAUUACUGAAGUGGCCGCAAUUAUGGGCGAGAAUGUGACACUUAGAAGAGGGUUUCAACUGUCCUCAUCUGCGCAUGGUGUUGUUUCUUCCUACCUCCAUACCAGUCCCCAACCAGGUUUGGGUCGUAUUGCCGGAAUUCUGACUCUAGAAGUGGAGGAUGAUAAUGUGCAAUUGGACACUCUCCAGGAAGUUGGUUCACAGCUGGGAAUGCAUAUAGUGGCAGCAAAGCCAUUGUUCUUGUCUAGGGAACUUGUUUCCAAUGAAGCAAUAGAGAGUGAACGUGACAUCUUGAAAUCUCAGGCUGAAUCAUCAGGGAAGUCUCAGAUGGCCAUAGAAAAAAUGGUGGAAGGUCGUUUGCGGAAGUACUUUGAGGAUGUAGUCUUCAUGGAGCAGAAGUUUGUUGUGAAUGACACAAUCAAUGUCAAGUCACUGCUAAGUGAUCUUUCUAAGAAAGUAGGGUCGCCCGUGAAGAUCGGCAAUUUUUUCAGAAUGGAAGUUGGAGAAGGAAUUCUGAGGCUAGAGACAUCCAGUGCAUCCGAAGUUGUGGCUCAAGCAGUUUAAAUUGACAUUCUAUGCUCCUCAAUUUGAAGAAAAUUUUCAUUAAGUGAGAGUUACUUGUAUUUUGGCAAUUAUGGUGAUUAUUUCUGGUUCAUGUGAGAGCUUUCGUCAUUGUCAGGAUACAAUGUUCAAUUUUCGUAUUCUGUCCCAUUUUCUUCCCUUUCUUUUGGUUUCUCUUUCAUAAGAUAAGAGCAGUGGCAGCAAAAACCAAUUGCUUUGGUUUGUUUACCUAAUCAGGCAAGGGCUUACAACAAUUUUUUUUUGUCAUGUAGAUCUCUCCUUUGCAUUCUGCAAUGUUUGACUUGAUAUAUGUUCUAUCAUUAAGCAUUUGUAUUCU